AUGUCUCUCUUAUUAUUCUUCAAAAUAUCUGACUUUACUCCUAGUGUACUGGGAAUAACCCUGGCUGCUGCUCAGGAGCUUGUUCUGACCUUGCAUCUGAUAUCAAUCACUGCGGAUCAUGCAACGCCUCAGUGUUUACAUGGUUCUGACUAUCAUGUGCAAUUUAUUAAAAGUGCUCUGGGGUUCAACCUGCUUGUUGUCUGGGAGGCUGCGUCGAUUUGGCUUCUGAUCCAAACCAUUGUGGAGCAUGCCUUGCUCUGCCUUGUCUAG